UGAGUGUGUGUGGUUUUUUUAUUCAACAGGCUCCAGGUACAUCAGUCCCUGGUCACUGAUCUCCUCUUGGUCUGAAUCAGCUCACGUUCUCUCCCGUCUACCAUGACUCAGCAGAUCCAGGAGGGAGGGAGUAAAGGUCUAAAUGUGACUCAGCUGGUUUCCACAGCCUCGUUCAGACCAGAUUCAAGAGUGACUUUGAGCCGAGAGGCAGAUCCAGUGGAUGGACGAAGCCAGAAGAAAAGGUCUUACAAAGAAUAUCUGAUGGAUGUUGAGGAUCUGGACAAGUUAGGGUCAGGUGUCGAGGAAGAUGACACUGUUCUACAAGGGUCACUCAGCAAGAAAAGACGACGCUCUGGCAGUAGUGGAGCUGAGUCUGACUGUGGUGCAGAGUCCUGUGCCUUCAAAUGGAUGGAGAGUGCAGAGGAAGAGGAGAAUUGCCCAGACUGGUUAUAUGAAGACAACCAGCACAACAUGACAGAUUCUUCUGAGACCAGACCUGCUGCUUUUUCUUCCACACCACUAACACACAGGCCUCAUCCAGUCGUAUCCAUUCCUCCUUCACCUACGUCUGUGAGCUCCAUGAUCACUCCACUGGUAUUCGGUCCAGUGACGAGCACAGACUGGCCCAUUAGUUCCAUGUGCAGCCCCACUGGUUCAGCCUGGGACAGUCUCAGGUUCAGUCCUGGCUGCGGUGGCCAGGGUCCCAUCAGUGCUGCUGCAUAUCUCCAUCUCUUAGGAGAAUCCUUGGCCCUGAUUGGACACCAUCUCCAGGAGACAAAUAAGCUGGUGUGUGUGUCCAGUAGUGUGUCUCUGCUCUUGGACUCUCUGCUGUGUGCCCUGGCUCCGUUAAUCUCCCUCACCUCGCAGAUACCGGAGCUGAGGAGCUGCUUACAACACACACUGGACUCCACGCUGGAAAAUAUUUCCUAUGUGAUGCCAGGACUGUGAGGAUGAUCAGAGCGCUUUGUGGUGUGCUGAAAGACACACAAAUUUACUUUGGAAAAUUGGCUUUUUUUGUUCCUCCUAAAAGAAUAUUUAUUUGUACUAUAGAAUAAUUUUGUUAACCCAGUAACAAGAUUAUACACAGCCUGGUCAGGAAAAAAAUCCCACACACUAAUACUUCGUUGGACCACCUUUGGCUUUGAUUACAAACUUGCUGCGUUAUUAUUUCAGUAAACUUAUGCAAUGUCACAACAGGCAUUUCCAUUAUUUUUGGGGCCUACAGCUGAUCAACUGAAGCAACAUCAGAUCAUUACACUGCCCCAGAGCACGAUGGGUAAUCCCUUCAUCUAUCACUCUGGAACAGGGUCAGUGUGGACUCAUCAGAUCAUAUGACCUUUUUCCAUUGAAACACAGUUUAAUCUUUAUGCUCUUUAUCAAACUGGUGGUUCAACUUCUCACAAAUGAAACCUAUUCAUCCCUGCAGUAAUUAUCCAAUGGAAGGAUCUGAACUAUUUGCUCAGUUCAUUCCAGGUAAUGCCUUGUUUUUGCCUGGGUUGUGUAUUAUAUUGCUGAAUAAUUAAUUCUUAAGCAAAAAUAUCAUCUUUUGUUCUUUAGUUGGCUGUUGAAAUGCAUCUUAUACACUAAUUAAACAGUUUUUUGUGGUAUUGA